UUGUAACAUAACACCACCAAAAAUUGGAUUUUCCAGCAACCAUCAGGAAUGCGUAACGCGGUGCACAGGAUCAUGACAGAAGUUUGGUAGAGAAAAGAGAAGUAAUCGACAUAUGAAGACGAUUAUUCGAGGUUAAUCUACUUUGGUAUAGGAAAAAGGGGAAGAGAGAUGUGAGGAUAACACAAGUGUAGAAGACGGAUCGAAGGAUAUUAGCGCUCACUCAGCUUAUCGGCUCAAGACUAAAACCCAAAACCCAGCCUGAAAAAUCGGUGUUACUGUUCAUAAUAUAUAUAUGUGAAUUAAUAUAUUUGUAAAAACUAACUCUCGAAGGCAAGUUACAGCGAUCAAGAUCACAAUGGCUUCUACUCCUAAAAGGCGAAUCAGAAACCCUAAAUACUCAUCCCCUUCUUCACUUCCUCCUUCUCCCAUGCGAGUUUUAUCUUCAAUUGAACCGCCACCAAGCUUACUACCGUCCAAGACGGAGAUAUUUAAGCUCGUCGCCGUCGUAUCUAUCGCCGUCUCUGUUGCAGCAGCCUGCAACAUUGUCGUCAAGUUUUUCAAUCGUCAGCCAAAGCCGUUUUGCGAUACUGAUUCGGAAUCGGAUUAUUAUCUUUCUGAGGUUUGUGAUCCUUGUCCAAGCCAUGGCAUAUGUUAUGAAGGCAAAUUGGAAUGCACAAGUGGUUAUACAAGACAUGGGAGAUCAUGUCUAGAAGAUGGAAGUAUAAAUGAAAUGGCUAAGAAUCUCGCAAAAAUGGUAGAAUCUCAUGUCUGUGAAUCAUAUUCUGAGUACUUGUGCAAAGGAAUCAACAAAGUCUGGUUUCGCGGGGAUGAGUUGUGGAAUAAUAUGGAUAAAGUGAAGCUGCUGGCAGAGGAUUUUGGAAAGGGCAACGCCACCUAUCUGUUUGCAAAGAACAGAGCAAUGGAUAUUGUUGAUAAUUUGUUGGAGAUGAGAGAUAGUAACAUUGGAAUUAAGGAGUUUAAGUGUCCGGAGUUGCUAGUGGAACACUAUAAGCCCCUAAGCUGCUCCGUUCGACUAUGGCUUUUGGAGCAUGCUUUGUUCCUAAUACCAUUUUGUGUAUUGCUCGUAGGGUGUGUAUGGAUGCUGUUAAGAGUUCACCAGAGACAUUACUUGUCAGUUAGGGCUGAAGAGCUUUACGAACAGGUGUGUGACACACUUGAAGAGGCUGCUUUAGUUUCAAGGAGCAUAAAUGGUGAAGGAGAAGGUGAACCAUGGAUAGUUGCUUCAUGGUUAAGAGAUAAUGUCCUUACACCCAAAGAAAGAAGGAAUCCCAUGUUAUGGAAAAAGGUUGAGGAAUUGGUUCAAGAAGAUUCUCGUUUAGACCGGUACCCAAAAAUGUUAAAGGGUGAACCUAAGGUUGUGUGGGAAUGGCAAGUUGAAGGAUCUUCUAUGAGAUCUUCUGGCAAGAAGAAGAGUGAAGUAAAGAAGCAAAAGUCAAGUGACUUGGGUUCUAAUCAAGAUCAAAGUUUGAAGCCUAUGGAGCCUUUGAAGUGGUGAAUCUUGUAACAUGAUAAUAUACUACUUUAUACAUUUAUUGUAGAUUGUACUUAAGCUCCAAACUGUCUUGCAGUAGUUAUAUGUAUACGACAGUUUCUAUUUAUACAAACCCAUCGAUAACACUUUACAUACA